AUGGUGGAUCUGCGCACUCCGGAGUCUGGCCGUUCCCUCGGCAAGUCUUCUGCCGAUGAUUUAUCGCGGUCACCAGAAACGGGACCGCCGAAACAGCCGCCGCAGCAGCAGCAGCAUCAACACAAAGCACACAUGUUCCUUUCCGAUCGAGAGUCCAGAGGGGUAAACUGUCGGAAUUCGGUUCGUGCAGAUGGGGCUCCUUAG